UUUGCAAAACUAUCGCACCAACUUCCCCAGCAGUUGACUUAUAAUAACCGAGCAGCGUGCACCAGCACAGACAGUCGACAGCGGUGUCGCGAGGGUUCGAGAGGAUUCUCUCAGCUGUCUCACUGUCCAAUUUCCGAUCACAUCACGCCAUUGUCGCCCCGCUUUUCCAAGUUCGCACCAUUCACGAUGAGGUUCUCCAGUGGGACCCUCGUGGUCGCGUGUGUGGCCGCAGCGGUACUCUGCCCGUCUGCCGCCUCACCGGCUAUCGGGCUGGGGAGUGACCCCGGAGUCACACUGCAGGUGACCGGUCUGCGUGAGAUUAUUGCAGAGGUCGUCGCAGCAGCUCUAGACCAACACGACUCCACUCACGAACCUCAGGGCUGCCGGAACAGCUGCCCUGGCAACUUCAUACCGUGCGCCGGACAGUGCUACAGUCGGCUGUCCACACAGGUGGACCACGCCCAGGCAGAGCGGGACUGCACUGCGCUGCACGCGCACCUGGCCGUGCCCCGCUCCCGAACAGAGAACCUGUGCGUCGCCGGCCUGGCAGGCCACGAGAACAUCUGGCUGGGCAUCACCGACAGCGCCGAGGAGGGCGUCUUCCGCGGACCGGGCGGCAGGGCCGUCACGAUAAGUGACGGAUACGUGUGGGCCUCUGGGCAGCCGGACAACUGGCGUGACCAAGAGGACUGUGUGGAAAUUCGGAAAGUGUCGGAAGGCUACCGAUUUGCUGAAUGGAAUGACGACAACUGUGUGGCGACCAAAAAGUUACCAAUGUGCCAGCUACUAUAGAUUAUAGAAGCGAUUCUCAAGGCCGCCCCACACUGGACCUCGCAUGCGGGUUGCGAAUCUGCGGGUUUUGGGUUUGCGGGUAUCAUACUCAUUCAUGGAGUGAGAACAAACAUUCUAUUAUACUCAUUUCGUGAAUGCUGUCAAACUGAUACAGCUUCAGAGAAUUACGCAUGGAAUUACGAAUUAUCGACCUGGCCUAAAUGCAUCAAGACAUCGUCUGUGAUAAAAAACUAACAUGAAAUUGGUGAUCAGCACCCCGAAAGAACAUAACAGCUUUACUUUACGAAAUUCUAGCAGGUCCCGACUUUCCCAACUUUUUGGGUCAUUGACCUGACCUGGAAGGUCAACCAAUGACUAAGGACCUUAAAAUUUGAUAUACCUACACUGUAAACCAAAUUGACAAGUCUUGUGUAAUGUAGACAUGGCCGUGAGUCGUUAAAUAUCAGGCAUGAUAUAUACCUAAAUAUAUUGUUAACACUGA